GUUUCAGUUUUGCUGUCGAAGCGAACGGAGUAACGUUGCAACAUUUCUCGUGUUCGUUGGUUAAUUUGUCCUACCUUUCCGCUUUUUGGCUUUGGUUCAAUAGGUUCGGAGUCCGCGCGUCCCGCGUCGAAUGCCUUGCUGUGCUACACAUAAUAUUACUGGAAAGUGGGAAAUAUUCGAGUUCGGGUCUUGCGGUGCAGUUUUACAGUUUUCUGUUGAUGUUGUGGAAAAAAUCUACCGGUUGAGACAUGCUACCGGUGGCGGUGGCGCGAAAGGGGUGAUGCCAUAGAAGAGCGACGAACGAAAAGAUUCGUUCAAGUGGAUAGAUUCCUUUGCCUUUUCUGGACCAAGCAGCAUCGGUCGGUUUGUGAGGAGCGCUGCACACCUUGACUGUCGUGAAACGCCAGACUGUGUGGGUCAAGAAGUUGCAAAGUACCCCGGUUGUGUUUUUAAACUGAAGCGGACUUGAAGCAGCGCACAAGACUGGAUGUUUUCGGGUGGCAUCUCGAUCAGAGUGUAUGUGUGCAGCAUCUGAAGAGGAAUAGUAAGAAAGGCUCCGGACAGAAAAUAGCGUGGAAUGAAGACGAUACACAAGAGCAAUAAUAUAGCACUGGAAGGCUUCUAUUUGUGCUGUUCCAAUUUCGAAUUCUCUGGGUAUUAGAGGUGUUGAGUAGUGGCCAAUAUUUCAAAAGAAGUGCGAGAAGUGCGCUUAGGAAGAAGUGGCAAGAGGCGGUGUAUCUGUUUUCGUUGAGAAACACGUGGAACGUGUGAUUGUGACAAAAAAUAAAUAAAAGUAAAGGCGGAUGGCUCACUAGAAAGCAUAGCCGCAAUAAUACGUUUGAGUGAAAAGCACAGCAUAAAAGCUAACUGGAUAAAGUGCAAGGAAAUGAAAGAAGGAAUGUGAAAAACCAUCAAAACAACCCCAUGAUACGUGUAGAAGUGAAUUCAGCUGAGUGCAGGAAUAACUUUAAGAAGGAAUUAUCAAAGCAGUUUCGCGGUUGAUAUUUUGGAUGGUGUCACUAACAACUUCCAAGAACCUGAUUUUGUAAACAAGCAAACACGCCGAUCGCUUCAUGUUCAAAUUUUAGGACUUCAACGUUUUUUUCGCGCGCGCGACGCAACGGACAGCCAACUGAGUGAGCGUGAUUUUUGUCUUCCUUCUCCCGACUGCGUCUGGAACUGGAUCUUUCGAACCGGCGAACCUGUGUGCCGUGAAGGAGCUGUGUGCGGUGCAACUUUGGACGACUCCAGUCAGUGCCUUCGUCGUGCUGGUCUCGGAAGGGCCGUGUCUUCGCGUCGUCAUCAUUUACGUUGGCUGGCUGGCUGGCGCGUGGAGCUAUUAUGGAUUCGAUAUCCCCUACUUGCUAGAGUCGGGUCUUGAGUGCCGGCAUAGAUAAUGAGUCAUAAUGAUACAUAGUGAUAAAAAAUUACUUUACCGAGAGUGAGUAACUUAAUAGGAGUGAAAAAUGCCUUAGAGUCUGUCUUCGGCCGAGUAAGUGAGUGAACCACGGAUAAAUUGCUAGGAAAAAGGAAGAUGAUAGAAUUGCUUUUCGGAUAGGGGAAGGUUGCUGCUGAUGAUAAGAAGGCUAUUUCUCGAGGUUCUUGUCGCUCUUGGAAUAUAAGGAAUGUAAUGGUAGUGAAGAAGAAGAAAGGCGAAGCAUACGAAAGAAGAUGUGAUAUUCUUACUAUCUAUCGGUUUAAGUGCUUUUCGAACGACCACAGCGCGAGUGAAUGUAAUGUAUCUUGUUUGAAGUGUCCUCUUGCCGAAGGAAAUCAGUGAAAUUCAUAUCUAGAAAGAGGGAAGAAACAUCUCUCUAGUAAAGUUAAGUAAUUAACGUGCCGCGAUACGAGAGAAGCAGCGCGACAACAUCGUCGUCCAACACAUUCCAUUUCAAUCCCUCACAGCAUUCCCGUAGUCAUGUCAACAAAUAGUAAUAACCUGAAACUAUCUGGAAAUAUUAUCAGUUUAACAAGCAACAAACAGUCCCAACUACAGAAAUCCAAACUAAAGCAGCCACCGACAGCAACGACCACAUCUAACGGACACGUUGGUUCGACAGUAGCAGGUCAGCCGACAGUGAAUGGUGGACCGAAACCAGUCCAUAGCCAGCCAACUCUGCAGAAACAAGUGCCUCAACAGGCGGGAUCACAAAUUCCGCCUCGAUAUCAGCCCCCUCCUCAGCCUCCUGGAGGAAUCCUCAAACACAUCGUCCACAACGGAGGCGCACCACCAUUGGCCAGAUCCUCUACGGUACCUGCCAUAGCUUUCACCUCGGAUUUGAACGGAGGUUCUCAUCAUCAUUUGAAGUUUCCUCCCGAAAUCCCUAAAACCACCGGACUUUACAUACCGGAAAAUUUGAAACACCAACUCAACCCUAGUCGGUUGGCCGUGCCGCGAUCCCACCUAAGGUUCUCCAAUCAACACCACCUUGCCGCAACCAACCAUAACCCGAAUCAACCCCAACAACCAUCUCAUCACCUACCACCGCCCCAUCCCCGUCUGAGCUCGGAAUCCUCUUCCGAGGAUCAAGCGACAACCAGUUCCACCCGAUCCCUGCAGCAACACCUAAACUCGAAACAGCAAUCAUCCCUACAACCGAACCAGCAACCUCAGCAGCCCCAGGGCCACAUUCAGCAGACCACUGCGAUCGUUCACCACCAUCAGCCACCCAGUCAGCCGGCUUCUUCGAUUCCCACAGCAGCUUCGACCAACAACAGUAGCAACAUCAAUCAGCAACAUCCAAACCAAAAGCAACAGCAGCAGCAGCAACAACAACAACAACACCAGCAACAGCAGGAGAUGCUCAAAUUUGUCCGGAAAGCCGAGUCGGAAACGUCGUCCACGCCGACCUCUUCGAGCGGGGGUCGAAUAUCGUCGAUCGAGCAGAAUCGACACUUUCAGAACCUUCUCGCCGAGCUGCGAGCGUUGAAAGAGGCUAACCAGCGGCUAAGUGACGACAACCAGGAACUGCGCGAUCUGUGCUGCUUCUUGGACGACGACCGGCAGAAGGGCCGCAAAUUGGCGCGCGAAUGGCAACGGUUCGGACGGUACACGGCCAGCGUGAUGCGGCAGGAAGUUUCCGCCUAUCAGACGAAACUACGACAGCUGGACGACAAACAGCAGGAGCUGAUCCGGGACAAUUUGGAACUGAAGGAGUUGUGUCUGUACUUGGACGAGGAACGAUCGAACACCAAUCGGCCGGCGGCGGCUUGUGGCAAUUGUGGAGCGGCGCCCGGCAGUACGACAAGUGCAAAUGCUGUUCCCCUCCGCGACGAUGGAGAUGGAAGCAGUUCGAGCACCAAUGCCGAUGAGAAUAUGCACCAGCUCGGUGGCGGGCAGUUCGGGAGGAAUGGAUUGACGGAACUCAAUCUGCGCUCUACCCUAAGCGACCAAACCCUACAGUACGUGCGAUCGCUGGAAACGCGAAUACGGCAACUGGAGGAGGAACGGUGCGCCAUCCUCAAGAACGUCCAACCGAUCGGACCCAGCAACGGAACGGGACCGCCGGUAUCGAACAACAACUCAUCCAGCAAUCAACAACCACCUCAGUCAACCAUAGCCGAUCCCAUAUCCGGCCGACCGGAAGCUGUCGUACGGGCGCUGCAAGUGCUCGAGGUUCGCGAACAGCUCGAACGGGAACGGAUUGGAUCCAACAUCGCAGCCGAUCAUCAGCUGGACGACGGCGAAAAAGCUUUAGUAAGAGAGAUGUGCAACGUGGUAUGGCGAAAACUGGAGGAUGCACCCAACACGGGAAUCGAUCAGCACGUCUGAAACCUACAUUUCUCGAGCAUCCAUCACAGUUAAGCUGGGCUUGGCAUGACUCGGCGAAAUCGCUCGCUAAGAACACAUCAAGAGCACACGGAGGCUUUUUGUGUGGUUUAUACUCUUUUCUUACACCUCAUUCCUUCCCUCAAAUCCCGACACCACAACUACGAAGAUGUACAAAUUAAUUAUAAUGAUUCUUCAGAAAAAUAGCAAUCCUCCAACAUAGCGCCGCGCGCUCCCGUUCAUUCAACAGAACAAACGCAAGAAGUCAGAGAUUGCUACAGCAAACGCGAUGCCGCUGGAAAGGAUUGUGUGCAGGCGGGAACGCUGACAAAUCAAACGACGACACCGUCAAUCCAUCCCAGUCGGAUAAAAGUGUGUUGAAAUUAAGUGCGAGAGGUUUUAAAAAUCUCAAAAGGGCAGUUCACUUGCUACUUAUUAUACAGGAGAAUGUAACGUAUCAAAUUAAACUUAAUAAAGUAUUUAUCGUCGUUUAUUGUUAUAUUUACUCUGCUGCUCAGUGCCUUACUCCGGUAAUCAUGGAGAGGAUGGUCAUUAGGGAGGAAGAAAAUUAAAGUUGUGCUUUGUAUAUUAGAGCUGUAUGUUACGCAUGUAUAAUGUCAAAGGAAGCUCCUGUAAUAAUAAAAAAAUCAGUAAUACCUUGCAUGUACGGUUGAACCCAAAUCGAGAUUUUAAGUACUAUUUGUACAUGCCGAUUUUAGGUAGAUUUACAAUUUUCAAAAUGUAAUUAAAGCAGAAAAAACUGGACAAUAUUUCAGCGCUAUGUAUCAGUGUAUCCUAGGAUUUCUUGUUAGAUUGUUUUUAUAUACAUAAUUUUUAUCAUUAUUAAAAUGGUUGUUAUUCGUAAAA